GUAGGAUUGGAAACGAGUUGUUAUUGUUCCUUGUCUGCAGUAAAGAAAGACAUACUUACUGAACAGGCUACCCAUCUCUAAUUUUAUUUAAAUUAAAAUGUCUAAACUACAGAUGUUGUGUGUGUUUUUAAAUGAGCGUUUAUCGGCGGCUGCUGUGGAUAUUUUUGGUGCAGUUGAGAAAACGGUAGUGGAGUACCAGGAGGAGAAGGAUCGGCUACGGAGACUGCUGCGGAGGACACCAGAGAUACAACUAUGUAGAAUCGAACCCGUGCAGCUCUCUGUCUCUGAAGAGGGGGUUCCCCCUGAGCAACAGCACUGUGAGCAGGAGUGGAGUCCCAGUCUGGGACAGAAGGACCCAGAGACCAAACAGAUUAAAGAGGAACAGGAGGAAGUCAGGACCAGUCAGGAGGAAGAGCAGCUUCAAGGGGUGGAGCCUGAUAUCAUAGAGUUCAUAUUUACUCCUCCUUGUGUGAAAAGUGAAUGUGAUCAGGAGGACCCACGUCAAGAUCCCAUACUUGCUGAACACCCAACUCUCCUGAAAAUGUCUAAACUACAGUCGUUUCAAGAGUUUUUAAAUGAGCGUUUAACGGCGUUUGCUGCUGUGGAGAUUUCCGGGGCAUUUGCGAAAGCAGUAGGAGAAUACCAGGAAGAGAAUGAUCUGCUACGGAGACUGCUGCGGAUCACACCGGAGAUAAAACUAUGUAGAAUAGACUCCCUGCAGCUCUCUGUCUCUGAAGAGGAGGUUCCCUCUGAGCAGCAGCACUGUGAGCAGGAGUGGAGCCCCAGUCUGGGGCAGAAGAACCCAGAGACCAAACAGAUUAAAGAGGAACAGGAGGAAGUCAGGACCAGUCAGGAGGAAGAGCAGCUUCAAGGUCUAGAGCCUGAUAUCAUGAAGUUCAUAUUCACUCCUUCCUGUGUGAAAAGUGAAUGUGAUCAGGAGGACCAAACCCAGACUGUGGAGAACAGAGAGAGUGACUCUAAACCAGUGGAUCUCAAACCUUUGUCACUGUGA